CUAACUUAGGAGAUGAUCUUGGUUUGUAUGCAAACUCCAACUUCACUUUCAUAUCAGAUAGACAGAAGGGGUUAUUGCCUGCACUUGAGAAACUUUUCCCAGCAGCAGAGCAUAGAUAUUGCCUAAGGCAUCUUCAUGAGAACAUGAAACGUAAAUGGAGGGGCAAGGAAUUCAAGGAUUGUCUUUGGAAAUGUGCAACAUGUACCACCAUACCACAAUUCAACAGUGCCAUGGAAGAACUAAAGAAACUUAACAGUGAAGCAUAUGACUGGCUUAAUUCUAUUCCACCUAAGCACUGGUCCAGAUCCCACUUCUCAGGGAGGGCACAUUGUGAUGCUUUGUUGAAUAAUAUGUGUGAGAGUUUGAAUAGCAAGAUAGUGAAGGGUCGUGAUAAGCCAAUUAUCAGUUGCUUGGAGUUUAUUAGGGAGUAUAUCAUGAGGAAAAUUGUCAUGGUUCAAAAAGAAAUUGAUAAAGCUAAUGGCCCAUUAACUCCUACAGCCACUAAGACCCUUGAAAAAAUUAAAGAAAGGGCAGUACAGUGUAGGGCAGUGUUCUGUGGCAAUGGGAAGUACCAGGUUACAAGUGAAGGUACUAAUCAGUAUGUGGUUAAUAUGGACCAACAAAAUUGUUCAUGUAAUAGGUGGGAACUGACAGGCAUACCCUGCAAACAUAGUAUAGCAGCUAUAUGGGAUAUGAGGCUCAACAAUGAAAAUGUUGGAAUACCUGAGACAUGGGUACACCCAACUUAUUGGCUCAAGACAUGGAAAGAAAUGUAUGUCUUCAAAGUUGAACCUAUUAAUGGGAGGUUAUUGUGGGAAAAAAGCACAUGUCCUACCAAGUUGAUACCACCAAAGUAUCGUGUCCCUAUUGGCAGACCAAAAAAAAAGAGAAGAAGAUCUGCAACAGAAGAUGAUGGAGUGUCCACAAAAUGGAAAUCUGUAACAUGCACAAAAUGAGGAAAUGUGGGCCAUAAUGGAAGGACCUGUAAGGGACAAUCACAGACUGGGAAUGGAACAGGAGAAGGUGCAGCAGGGAAUACAACAGGAGAAGGUGCAGCAGGUAGCAGUGGUGGUGUACAAAAUGGAGUUGGGAACAAAGGAAAAAGCCCCAUGCUUUGAGAAUUUGUAGUUUGGUAUCAUGAUCAUGAAGGAUAACUAUGUUUUUGUUAGGCAUUUAUUGCCAUAUUA